CCGCCGUUGGCCGUGGACUAGUCUCGACAAUCUAAACGUCGAGGAAACCACGUAAAUACUGUUUGUUCUUGUUUUCGUUUGUGUCGUAUAACUGUUUGCUCUGUCUUAUCAUGGUAUCAGAGCCUUCAAUGGAUUCAGAUGGAGUUUCGGUCCGAUUGAACUCCAAAAAUUUUGCUCUCUGGGAGUUUCAGUUUCAGAUCUUCGUACAAGGGAAGGGUCUUGCGGGAAUUCUUGAUGGGACAGAUAAGAAGCCUUCUGUUCCACCCGCAACAGCGGCGGAGCUCGCACUCUGGGUUCAAAACAAUGCCAAGGUAAUGACAUGGCUGUUGAAUUCAGUUGAUUCCUCAAUUGUCCUUGGACUUCGCUUGCUGCCAGAUGCUCAUUCUAUGUGGAAGCACCUUGCAACAACGUACUCCACCACCAACACGGCGCGGCAAUUCGAGUUGGAGUUUGAACUUGCUCGUCUCCAUCAAGGAGACAUGGAUGUGACGGCUUACUUCAAUGCCGCCCGACUAUUGUGGACAGAGCAAGACCUCCUCACCGCGUCGCUGCGAUCGAAAGAAGCUUCUGAAGAAGUCAAGGAGGAGAGAAAUCAAUCACGGAUGUUGCAGUUCCUGAUGAAGCUUCAUCCUAGGUUCGAGGCUGUUCGUUCUCAGCUGAUCAAAAAAGAUGAGCUAAAGAUAGAUGGAUUGCUGGGGAGUCUCAUUCGAGAGGAGACUAGGCUGAGAACCCAAACUCAGCUCGACAUGCGUCCCGGCGAAGGAGAAGCUGUAUUUGCUGCUAUCACAGCUGACUCUGGAGCUGGUUCUGGUACAAGCGAGGUGCUUGCAGUCAAUCGACCUCAGUUUCAACAGCGUCGCACUCCAUCAACGGAACUAAAAUGUAAUCACUGUCAUGUGGUCGGACACCUCCAAAAACACUGUCGACAGAGGAAUAUCUGUAACUACUGCAAAGCGGAAGGACACAUCAUACUGGAGUGUCCUGUUCUGAAGGCCAAAGGGAAGGUGCCUCAUCCUCCGCGCGCUGGACCACAAGUGAAUGCAAUUCAGCUUGCUGAUUCUGAAGGAUCGUUGAUGACUACUGAAGCUGUGGAACGUCUGGUGAACGCAGCAAUUCAACGAUCCUUACCCACUGCAGUAAACUCGGCCUUUUCUGCCCUUCAGAAUACUGGAUUUGAGGACGGGGCGCCAAGUCGGAAGGGGGAGUAAGCGCGGACGAGUGUUUCAUUUGGAAGAGAUCUCGCCGUCAUCGUCGGUUCCUGAGUCGGUAGUCCCAGUUAGUUCUAUUGCGUCUUCCUUAGUGUCUGCUUCUAGCUCUUUGUCGGCUGUUCCUGUCUUCUCUAGUACUAGUGAUCAGGUUUUUGAUCUAUGGCAUUCACGCCUAGGUCACCCUCAUUCGGAAAAACUUGUAACUAUGUUUCGUCAAAGUUUGUUUGGGAAUAAUAAAAUCGGCCACUCUUCCAAA